AUGGAGUGCAGCACGAAGAAAGCCAAACAUAGUCGAAAAGCGCGAACUGAAAUUGUCACGUCGGUGCUUUGUGCCGCAGCGGCACUGGGGUCCGUCGAUAUCGUUGGCAUGCUUCUGGACUCUGGGGCCGCUAUCAACAAUGGCAUGACGACCGAUGGAGUCUUGACAGGGACACCGCUGUCUGUGGCAUGCGAAAAUGGCCACAUGGAUGUCGUUCGAUUGCUUUUGGAUGGCCGGGCCGACGUGAGUUCCUGUUCCCCUGCACAAGCAGCGGGCAAGAACAAUCAUGAUGGCAUCGUCGAACUAGUCAGUGGUUUUCAUUUGGACAGUUGA